GAACACGUUUGUGUUUCAUCAGUCAAGGUAACAAUGUGCCACUGUUUGGAUUUCAGAAGAUAGUCCCAUGUCUGAUUUUUAAGAACAUCAAAAGACUUGUGGAUAUUUUGAUUGCUAUGAAUAGAGACACAGGUACAGACGUCCUUCAGGAGUGUUUGCCUGUUGCUGUUUAUGUCGGUAGAAAUGAGCUCGUCAAGAACCUACUUGAUUAUGGAGCGACACCAGAUGAACAUUGCUUCAGAGCUCUUUGUCCGGCAAGACAAAUAGACGUCGAUGUCACCGAGACUAUUUUCAACGUUGUUGUGACAGAGCACAGAAGCUUCACAUGGGAUUCCAUAUCCAAUCUAAGAGAUCUGUUCUGGCUAUCUGUAAUGAAUGGAAACGUACACAUUGUACACCUACUGGUCAAAAGGUUAAAGGGUUACACAGACAGCUUGAGGAUCUUCAGUUAUGCCUUAGCAAGUCUUGUCAGGGAGCUUAGUACAGGCCAUAGGUGUCCACUGUUUAAACCCUAUGACAUGAGGCAUCUAAGUGAAAUAGUCAGAAUUCUCUUUGGCACAGGAUGCAAGGUAGAUUUUGACUAUCUCACUUUGCAAGCAGCAACUCAUGCUGAUGCGACUAUUUUGCGACUUGUUCUUGAGCAAGGUGUGCAUGUGAAGGAUAUAUAUUCAAAUAGUGAAGACAUGUUCAGCACCGAGGAAUAUUAUCCAACGCCUCUACAACAGGCAGCAGCUUAUGGAGGAGGGGAUUGUCUGGAAGAAAUCCUCAGUUGCACACAAGCUGGACAGGUGAAGCCGGAUAUUAAACCGGAACAAAGAGUAAUUAACAACGAUGCGUUCUUAUUGCACACUGCAGUUCAACAUGGUAACAUUGAGUGUGCGUCACUGCUUCUAAAGAAAGGCAUUGAAGUCAAUACACAGGAUAGAAAUGGAAAUACACCGCUUCAUAUUGCUGUCAAACACAACCAGGUGAAAAGUGUUGACCUGCUACUUUCAAAGCAUGCACCGGUUGACAUGAAAAACAGCAAUGGGUGUAUACCGUUAUUGUGUAUGAAACUUACAUCCCUUCCAGAUCUGAACAUUGUUACUAGACUCAUAAAAGCAGGAAGCGACAUUAAUGAGGUUGAUGCACAAAACAGGACACUUCUUUAUAAAGCAACAGAGUAUGGACAUCUUUCUCUUGUAAAGUAUCUGUGUAACAAGGGAGCCAACGUGAACAUUGAUACACAGGAGAACAUUUCCCAUAUGGCCAUCACAGAGGAACGAAAGUUGUGUAAGAGAGUUAUUCUUGCUGCAUGUAGAAAUGCUGAUAUUGAUGUUGUUAAGUUGCUCUGUGAACAUGGUGCUGAUGUUGACGUAGCUGACGACAAUGGAGAAACAGUAAUACACAAGUCUGCAGCAUCCCCCAUUGAUACUGUUGAGAAACUUCAAUAUCUUCUGGACACUAAGCAGGUGCCUCUGAGUAUAAAAGACCAUUUUGAAAGGACUGUCUUAUUUCCAGCUGUCACGUCAGCUUUACAAACUGGGUAUUUGGAGGUUCUGCACUUUCUGUCGUCCAGAAAAAUAGACUUCAAACAAAUAGAUAAAUUUGGGGACAGUUUACUGUUAUAUCCCUUUGGCCCAAACCGAUUUGACAAUGCAAUAUCUCCCUCAGAUGGCUUUAUUAAGCUAAUGCUAGACCAUGGUAUUGAUCCAAACAUAAAGAACCUGCAGGGCAGUACAGUGCUUCACUACGCUGCAAUCAAGGGGGACAAGAACAAACUGACAAUACUUCUAGAAGGAGGCGCUGAUCCACGUGUUCCAGAUGAAAAAGGUCGGACUGUGCUCCACCAAGCUGUAAAGAAACAACAGUUUCACAAUGUGAGGCUGUUCUUAGAAAAAGGUGCCAAUCCAGAUGUUCAGGACAAAAACGGUAAAACAGCCCUCCACUUUGCAGGAAAACUUAAAGAUUCUGAGACUGUUAAGCUUCUACUUGAAAAAGGAGCAGAUCCUACUGUUGCAGAUAAAUAUGGCAGAGAUGCCCUUCAUUAUGCUGUGAAAAGUCAGGACUGUGUCAUUAUGAACUUACUCCUGCAAAAUAGAGCCAGUCCUUGUGUACAGGAUACGUUUGGUGCCACUGUACUUCACAUUGCUGCAAAAUGUCUUGACAGAGAGAAUGUCAUGCUUCUGUUGGAACAUGGAGCAAAUCCACACACUCGGGAUCGACGCUGCCAGACUACACUUCACUUUGCUGCCCGUAAUGCAAAUAAUGAAGUUCUCAGAUUGUUCCUGGAGAGAGGUGUUGAUUCCUCUGUACAGGAUGACAGAGGCAUGACAGCUCUUCAUUGGGCAGUAUUGUAUUGCAACACUGAGAAUGUUGAGCUACUUCUGGAAAGAUGUCAAGAAUGGGACGUACAAGACGAAGAUGGAAAGACCCCUCUUCACCAUGCAGCAGAAACAGAAUACUCAAAUAUUGUUAAGCUUCUCUUAGAUAAGAACUUCGACCCGUGUGUACAAAACCACAAUGGUGAAACAGCCCUUCACUAUGCAGCAAGGUAUGGAUACAAUGAGAAUGUUCGGUUACUUGUGAACAAAGGUGCUGAUGUGUCUCUCAGGGACAAAGAAGGCAUGACGGUCCUUCACUACGUAGAAGCUAUCAAUAAAGACAGCGUGAAGCAACUGCUCGUGCAUGGUGCUGAUUUCAAUGCAAAGAAUCAUUCAGGGAGAACUCCUCUUCACCUUGCAACAAUGGGAAAGUGCGAUAAUAGUGUGAAACUGUUUUUGGACAAUGGUGCUGAUCCUUGUGCAAAGGAUGAUGGGGGCCAAACGCCACUUCACUUGGCAGCAAUUCACAAACUAGAGAGUAUUGAUUUAUUGUUGGAGAAGGGUGCAGAUCCGGGUAUGCAGGACAAAGAAGGCAAAACGGCUCUUCACUAUGCAGCAGAGCAUGAUAAUUGGGAGUGUGCUAAUCUGCUGUUGGAAAGCGGAGGUGAUCCCUGUAUACAGGACCAACAAGGCAAAACAGCCCUGCAUGCUGCAGUUGAAGCCGAGUAUCUCUUUAACGUCUUCAGGUACAUUGCCGGAUCUUAUAAGUAUGUAUCCGAAAGAACCAAGAAGAAGACGAAGAGUGUUGCUAAGCUCCUCGUUGAGAAAGGAUGCAGUCAUUCUGUGACGGACAAUCAAGGUAAAACUGCACUUCAUUAUGCAGCUGAGAGCAAUAGCGGUGAUAGCCUGCAACUUCUCUUGGACGACAAUGCUACCCCAUUCAUUAAAGACAAGCAAGACAAAACACCCCUCCACUAUGCAGCAGCAAAAGGAACAAGUGACAAUGUUAAACGGCUCUUGGAGAAAGGUGCAGACCCAUAUGUCAAAGAUCAACAAGGGAAAACUCCACUUCACUAUGCAGCAGAAACAAAACACGGAGACAAUAUUCAGGUAUUACUAGACAGUGGCGUGGAUGCAAGUCAGCAGGACAAUGAAGGAAGAACUCCGCUGCACUUUGCAGCAACGGGUGACUCCAGCUUGUAUGUACGUCUGCUUCUGAACAAAGGCUUUGUGACAACCCUGCGCGACCAACUUGGGAAAACUGCUCUUCACUAUGCAGCUGAGGGUUGUUGCAGUGAUAAUGUCAGACUUCUACUACAUAAUGGUGCUGAUCCCUUUGUAACGGACCAGCAAGGGAUGACAGCCCUUGACUAUGCAACUCGUGGUGGGAACACAACUAGCGUUACACUUUUGCAGGGACGUGUUGCUCAGAAGCAGUCACUGUGA